AAAUGAUAACUGAUUGAGCGUCGCUUAAUGCAGGCGGCUUGAACCACAGUUUGCAUUCUCAAGGAUGGGCAUAAAUCAUUUGACACUUCGUAUUGAAAGCAUACUAGAAAGUUGUAUUAAAAGGUAGCAGGAACCUCGGAAGUAUAGUUGCUUUUGUUAUUAUGUCGAAGAAUUCAGAAGGAUUGGUUGCUUCAGAUGACUUGAGCAAAGUAGGACCGGAUUACUUUACUUUCUAUGCAUGUGAAAUCAAAGAGUUGCUCUCACAAAAUGAGGAUUGCCUGCCUCUUGCCACUGAAUCGACUAGAAACGGAUGUGAGAAGGUUAGGGCUCAAGUCAAGAUUGAGCCUUCUAGUUCUUUUUUCCACAACAGCGUGGGAGCUGGUCUUUCAGAUUACAAAAAGGAAAGGUUGAAUUCAUCACUUCGGCAGACAUUAGCAGUACUUGCACCACAAGUUGAUGAGAUGCUUGAACCAGUUGUGGCUAUGCGUAAAUUGCAAACUGAGGUCAGAAGCAGAAAGUUAUUUUCAGGUCACAAAGGCACAGAAUCUGAGGGUAAGAUGAGGCAGAAGAAUCCUGAUAAGAGAAUCAAGAUGUCAUCUUCCUCAUCAACAACCAUUGCUACACCCACUAGUCCUAUUAGUUCUGGAACAUGUAAAGAGUUUCAGUGCAAUGCUAAUAAAAAUGAAAAUGAAUCUCAUUUUGGCUCAAACACAUCUUCUGGCAAAGGAGACAGAGAGGGGGAUGGUGAUUUGCAGUUUCUACUUGAGAAUGAUAGCUCGUUGGUUGAGGAGACAAUCAAGAAAUAUUCUGAUCAACUACUCACAACUCUUGGCCACAUGGAGAAGCAACUUGAAGAAAUUCUUGAUACUGUGGUGUCUACAUGCAGGCCAAUGACCCUAACAGAGAAGCAGCAGCUUAGAAAACUAAUUCAGAAGUUACCCCCAAAGAACUACAACCGCGUGGUUGAAAUUGUACAACGCAGCAAGCCAGUCGAUACACAUCAAUCUGAUGAAAUUUUCAUCGAUUUGGAGCAACAGGAAAAUGCAACACUUUGGAGGUUAUAUUACUACGUUGAGGCAGUUGAUAAAGCUAGAAAACUUUCAUCAUAACUCAAUUUCAAACUACCCUAUACUACGUUGGCACUUCCCAGAAUUAUUCACGAGACGCAAUGCAAGAGGCCAAGAAUUCUUCUAUCUACCUCAGUGCUUGAAGCAAUUCCAGGCGGUACUGGUGCAAUGUUCUAGAGUGUUGGCCAAUUCUUUUGUCCCCAUUGAUUUUAUUUACCAUCUCUGCAUAUUGUAGGUAGAUACAAUUUUUUAACAUCACUGAAAUGACUGAUCCUUGGGAGAUGUUUUUUGUCACACAUCUCAUUCUGCUCAGCAGAUGAUGAAAAAUAUGUCAGAGUUGAAAUGCAAGAGCAUCAAGUUGUACACAGCGUGAGAAAAUUUUUUAUAUUCCUGUUCCUUUAGAAAUAUGAAUCUACUGUUCAAUUGAAGCCUUUUUUUUUUUUUUUUUUUUUUUA